GAAAUGGCGGGUCAACAGCUAAUGUCGCUAGCUGUUGCGCUUAGCGUUGUCCAAAUUAUUAGUGGCUACAGCUUUGAAAACUGCAUAGAAGACGCAAACUCAACCCAUACAAAAUUCAGCUGUGUCAUACGAAAGGAGAAGAACAUAUCUAAAAUCAUCGGUGACCUGCCACACUCUGCCACCAACCUCAAAAUCUCCAAAAAUUAUAUCUGGCACGUACCCAACAGCUCCUUUGUCCACCUUCCACAGCUUGAAAUCCUUGAAAUGUCCUUAAGCCACUUAAGUACCGUUGACGGACUCGCUUUCCAAAGCCUGCAUUGUCUCAAGAGUCUAAACCUGACCUCAAACAACAUAUCGGAGCUCCACCCGUUGCUGUUUAGGGACCUCCAGAACCUCACUUUUCUUUCACUGACGAAUAACCGACUAAAGCAGCUCCCUGUGAGCAUUUUCGCCGACGUCACUAAUCUCACCACAUUAAUACUACGGCUAAACCUUCUGGCUAAUUUCUCUGGGGUGGCUCAGUCUGUGUCACACUUGAAGAAUUUGGCGGUACUGGAUCUUUGCUCUAACAAUUUAACAUCCCUCGCUCAUGUUAACAGUUCACUGCCCAAAUCCCUCCUCCGUUUGUAUCUAUGUAAAAAUAAGUUGUACACAUUGGGUUGUGCGCCUACCUUCCUCAUGUACGUCCGGGUGCUGGAUCUCUCAUACAACUUUCAGCUCCCAUCGAUGGCCUUUAAAGGGUUAGACUUGAGACAAAUAAUAUAUCUACGCAUGCGUUCGAUCCGCGUGAAUAUAUCAGAGCUUUUGAGUGUAAGCAACAUUAGAGCCAGUCACAUUGACUUCUCUGGCACAGACCUCAAUAACAGCCGUUCGCUAGUGAACCUAUGCGGAUUGCUAAAGACAAAGGUGAAAUGGAUGAAAAAGUUGCUGCUGACCGACAAUAAGAUCGAGGUUUUAGAAAACCACACACUGUCUCGUUGUCCUCAAAUCACAGGAGCCUUGGAUCUCUCUCUUAACAGAAUGAAAGCCGUAAGUUGUCUUUCCUUUCUCAUAGGACAGAGACAAAUACAAACCCUCAAUGUAGAGCACAACCACCUCGUGUAUCUUAAGGCCUGUAAUGGACAAAAGACACCUCCCUUCCAAAGUCUGAGAGAGCUGAGCUUCCGCUACAAUCGCAUUCUUUCAGUUAAGCCCCACGCUUUCUAUCACACACCAAAAAUCACAACGCUAAAACUCAACAUAAACACGAUUGCAUUCCUCGAUCGGAAAGCACUGAAAGGGCUAACGCAUCUUGAAACGCUACGCUUGGACAACAACCUUUUAAGUGAUUUGUUUGAGGACAGCUUCGAAGAUCUGUACAACCUGCAAACACUUAACUUACGCAACAACCGGAUCGCCGUCAUAUUCAACGGGACAUUCCUCAAUCUCACCCGUCUGACUACUUUGGACCUUGGAGGAAAUAAGAUCACUCAUUUUGAUCCGUCUGGCCUCGAUGGACUUACAAGUCUGGCCAAUCUCUAUCUGGACGGAAACAACCUCAAAGAGAUUAACAGCAAACAGUACUAUGCGUUCCAAACUACACUACAGGUGUUGGACCUACAACGGAAUCAAAUUCGCUUCACCUCGCAGGGUACUAGUUCUCCAUUUAUGAAUCUCAGCAAGCUCAGGAAUCUAAAAUUGGAUGGACAAAGGCCACAUGGAAUCACUUUUUUGCCGCAUGCUUUCUUUAGGGGCCUCCAUGCCUUGCAAUCGCUUUACCUUACCGACAACCGCAUCGCUUAUCUUGCGACCGAUGCCUUUGACGACCUUAAGGGCUUGCGUUUCCUCACACUGGAUAACUCCUGUGUCGGGGUGGUGCAACUAAAGCCUGGGGUCUUUAAAAACCUGAGAAAUGUAAGCAAAUUGAUCGUGGAAAACAUGGGCAUACAAAAUUUCUCGAAGGAGGUUUUCGGGAAUCUUACAAAUCUGAGCGUGUUGCAGCUCAACCACAACGUGAUGCAGACUAUUGCUGUAGAGGCCCUGGAGGCUCUCCCUAAACUCCGCUACCUCGACAUACGCAACACUCCUCUGAGCUGCACCUGCCAAAACAGUAACCUGCAGAACUGGACCGUAAAUAACAAGGACGUUCAGGUAGUGUAUCUGCACAGUCUGCCGUGCCAAUACAGCUAUAAAAAGUUCUUUAACUUUGACACCAACGUUUGUUACCUAGACCUAGGGAAGUAUCUGUUUUUCAGCACGGCUGCCGUUAUUGUUCUGCUCACAGUCAUUCCUAUAUUUUACACCAAGUUAUACUGGAAAAUGAAGUACGGCUAUUACGUGUUCCGCUCCUGGUUUAGUGAAAAGUGGCACAGACUCAGGGAGGAAGAAGAAAAUUGCAAAUACGAUGCAUUUAUCUCCUAUAACUCCUCCGAUGAGCACUGGGUUCUAGACCAGCUGUUGCCCAACCUGGAAGGAAACGUCUCCUCCUUCAAACUUUGCCUGCAUCACAGGGAUUUCGAGCUGGGUCGAGAUAUUGUGGACAAUAUAGUUUCCGCUGUGUACAGCAGCCGCAAGACCAUCUGCGUGGUGAGCAGGAAUUUCCUGCGAAGCGAAUGGUGCUCUCUGGAGAUACAACUGGCCAGUUACAGACUCUUUGACGAGCACCGUGACGUACUCCUGCUCGUGUUUCUUGAACCUAUUCCUGAGAGGCAAAUAUCCUCCUACCACCGAAUGAGGAAGGUCAUGUUAAAGAAGACAUAUCUGCAAUGGCCUGACCCAGAAUGUAAUGACCCAGCCAAGGCCCAAGACCUGUUCUGGAACCACCUGAGGAAGGCACUGAGGAGAGGGAGCAGACUUGAGGUAGAAGAAGAAUUGGAUAGAAAUGAGGGUUGUAUCAUUGCAGACAGAGAGGAAAAAGAACCUUUUGUGGAUCAAACACCAGACGAAGAAUAUUACUUAAUACCUUAAAAAGGGUAGAAUUUUGA